AUGGCACUUUCAGGCGUUCCCGAGCUCGUCAAACGAGCCUCGGAUUCAAUCGAACCCCCACUACCGCAAUCGGCCGGAUAUGUCGUUGUCAUCGUGGUUGGCUUCUUGAUUGCGUUUUUCAUGAUGUUUGCCACCCAUGUCUUGAAGAAGACGGUUGGAGAAGACAACAAAACGACUGAAAUGUUUAUGACGGCGAACCGACGGGUUGGAACCGGACUGACAGCUUCUGCCGUCAUCUCUUCCUGGCUUUGGAGCACGGCUAUGUUGGGAAGCUCCCUCGUGGGAUACAACUUCGGUGUUGCCGGUCCGUUCUGGUUCGCAGCUGGAUGUUCACCAAUGAUCGUCUUCUUCUCAUUGCUUGGCAUUGCCUGCAAGUUGAGGGUUCCAGAGGCUCAUACUCUACUUGAGAUUGUAAGAAUUCGAUACGGCACAGCCGGCCACCUUGUCUGGAUCGCACUCUGCCUCAUCAAUAACAUUAUCGCCAUCGCAAACAUGUUGCUGGGCGCUAGUGCUGCUAUUACUGCGCUGACGGGCAUGCACAUUAUCGCAGCCACUUUCCUACUGCCUGUUGGCGUGGUUCUCUACACCUUCGUCGGUGGUAUCAAGGCGACCUUCUUGACAGACUACUUCCACACGUUUGUUAUCACCAUUAUUAUCUGUUUCUUUACCAUCAAGACGUUCUUGACACCUGAGAUUGGGUCGCCCUCAAGUCUAUUCCAGCUUAUCGUCGAGGCUGGAAAGGCAAACCCUGUUGCGGGCAAUGAGGACGGUUCCUAUCUAACAAUGACGAGCAAGGGGGCCAUUUACUUUGGUAUCAUCCACGUCCUCGCCAACUUUGGUCUUGUCAUCAUGGACACCGGCUUUUUCGCAAAGGCCUUCAGCGCAGCCCCUCAAGCCGUGGUUCCAGGCUACAUCGUCGGGGGCAUUGCCUACUUUGGCAUCCCAUGGUGUCUUGGAACUCUGAUGAGUCUCUCAGCUAUUGCGCUCGAAAGCUCCGAGCGAUUUCCCACGUAUCCUCGCCGCAUGUCGAUAGUCGAGGUUUCGAACGGCCUAGUCAUGCCAUAUGCUGCCAUCGCGAUCGCAGGCAAGGGAGGCGCGGUCGCCGUCUUGCUUAUCACAUUCAUGGCUGUGACUUCUACCAUCUCGGCCCAAGUCAUUUCGGUAUCGUCGAUUAUUAGCUUCGAUAUCUACCGUCAAUACUUCAACCGGGACGCUACGGACAGGGAUGCCAUCCGCUGGAGCCACUUCGGUGUUGUCUUUUUCGGCCUUUUCUCAGCAGCCUUUUCCACGGCUCUUUACUAUGGAAAUGUCGAUCUCGGUUGGACGCUGUACAUGUUGGGAGUCCUGACUUGUCCUGGCAUUUUCCCCACAGUAUUCACGAUCCUUUGGAAGAAGCAGUCGAAGGCCGCCGCCAUCAUCUCACCUCUGCUGGGCCUGGCCACUGGCAUUGCUGUUUGGCUGGGAAGCGCUUCUUCCAUGUAUGGAGAAGUUACAGUGGCUUCCACCGGCCAGACUUUACCAUGUGUUUAUGGAACGGUCGCCUCCGCCCUGAGUCCUGCCCUCUACUCUGUGGUUAUUUCUCUCAUCAAACCGGACAACUACAACUGGGCCGAUUUCCGAAAUGAGCGCCUUGCUUUUGACCAGACAAAGACUGCAGGACAAAGCGACGAGCCAGUAUCGCAUGAGGAAAGAAUUGUGAGCUACACAGCUGAUAAAGCGAAGCUUAAACGGUGGGGAAAACUCGCCGCGGUUUGGUCGCUAGCCACGUUCUUAGGACACUGGGUUCUUUGGCCGCUCCCUAUGUAUGCUUCCAAGUAUGUCUUUGGAAAGGGAUUCUUUGACGCUUGGAUCAUUGUGGCCAUCAUCUGGGUGUGGAUCACCAUGUUUAUUGCGGGCUUCUACCCUAUCAUUGACGGUUGGGGUCAGCUGAAGACCAGGGUAGCAGCUCUGAAGCACCGACGAUUCGCGAAGAGAUCAUGA